AUUUUUCAGUAAUUCGUCGGCCGAGAAUGACUAAUUUUUGCCAGUGUUUAAAAAUAUUUGUAAAUGCCGAGCUAAUUUAAUACAGUAAUAUAAACCACAACAAAGUGCAUUUUGUUUUUGUUAGACGUAAAACGGCGGUCAGAAGUGUGUGUGCAAAGCGGCAACAAUAUGAAGAAACAAUUUGCAAAAAUUAAAAUUGCUGCUGAAAACCUAAGAUCUACAAAAUCUGACUGUAAAGACUUUGAGCUAGAGACCAUUGAGAAGCAAGUAGACCGAUAUCGGGAUACCAUUGAGAAAAUUGUGCGCAAAUUACCAGCGCUCAGCAACAGCAGUGGCGGCAGCAGUAGCAGCAGCAGUAAUGGCACGGUUACCAUUGAGGAGCAUGACAAGCGAAUCAAGAAGAACACGCACUACAAGAUUGCCCAAGCGCUGGAUGAGUCGGCCAAGGAGUUACCUAAGGAUAUGCCAUUGCACAAGGUUCUAGCAAAUUGUGCCGAGCUGGAGAAGACAAUCGCCGAGUGCAUCAUCGAGAGCGAACUGGAAACGGAGACGAAAGUUGUGCGGCGUUUGAAAAACAUCUUAGAUAAAGAAAUACAAGAGAUCUCAACGCUAAAGCGUAAUGUGUCGCGCACACUACAGGAAUACACCUCACUGAAGCGCAGCCAUGAGGCUGCAAUACGACUGGAUGAGCCCGCGGCCAAGGUGAAUCACAUUAAGACCCAGCAGGAGGAGUGUGAAGUGAAGCUGGAAAAGGAGCGCGAUGCCUGGGCCGCACAAAUGCUGGAGCUAAUUGCCAAAGAGGACGAGAUCGUCAACUGCAUUCAGGACUAUGUGCUCAACCAAAGAAACUACCAUGAGCGUGCGCUGCAGCAGGUGAAUGCAUCGCUGGCGCGCAUUCAGGACACCAUACAGGGCACAGAGAAGUCGCGAUUUGGCACCUCGCUCAAGGAGCACUUGCAGUCGACGCACCGGGACAUCUCCUACAUUGUGGAGCUCUGCUGCUGCUGCCUGCUGGAGCACGGCCUCGAGGAGGAGGGUCUGUUGCGUGUGGGCUGUGCUAGCACCAAGCUGAGGCGCAUGAAGCACGCGCUGGAGGCGCAGCAUGUAAAGACACCCCUGCCGCUGGAGUAUCAGGAUCCACAUGUCAUCGGCUCCAUACUGAAGCUGUAUCUGCGCGAACUGCCCGAACCGCUGCUCACCUACGGGCUGUACAAGGACUUUAUACGCGUUGCGGAGCGGCAUUCCGAGGCGGAGCGCAAGACGGAGAUUAAGGCUAUUCUGAGCAAGCUACCCAAGGAGAACUAUGCCAAUCUGCGCUAUCUUACACGCUUUCUGGCCCUGAUGCAACAGCGGGCCGUGCACAAUAAGAUGAGCUCCCAGAACUUGGCCAUUGUGAUGUCGCCCAACAUGCUAUGGCCGCGCGUUGACAAGAGCAGCAACGCAGCAGCCGACUAUAUUGGCCAGGUGAACAGCUCCUCGGCCGCCAACAUCAUUGUGGAGCUGCUGAUCAGUCAGUGGGAUUACUUCUUCGAUGGCGAUGUCGAGUUCUAUGUGACGCUGCAGCGCCAUAAGCUCUUUGUCGAAGGCAAAAGCAAAUCGAAUUCCUCUAAUGAGCAUUUGGACAAGCACGAUGGUGAAGUCAUGGAGAGUCCACGUUAUGGCACACUGCGCCGCCAAAAGCCCAAUGCACCGUCGCCUCCAACUAAAGGUGAGGCCACCAGCAAUGGUGUUGGCUCCAAUCACCGGCCGCAUGCCAAGGAGCUGUUCCCGCAGCAGGAUGACAAGUCAGAGAAGCAGGAGAAGCAAGAGAAGCCUGCAAAGCCUCCCCUGCCCAAUCUGCCAUCAUUCCAGCAGCCUGCUACAGCCAGCCAGCCGACGCACACACAGCUGGAGGCAUUGCCGCCGCCACCAGUGACGCCCGCCAAGCCGGUUCCAAUGACGCGCACACAGUUCUUUGGCCUGGACAAUCUGCCCUCGCCCACAGCGGAUAGGAGGAGCAUCGAUAGCAUUGGCAGUUUUCGCUUAAAGCCCGAUGUGCCGCAAAAGCCGCAGUUACCCAAGCGGCCUGUGGUGCUGUCUGUAGGGACCGGAGGUGUGGGUAGUGGUGGCUCCAAAAACGAAAGCAAGAGCGACGACGAGGCCAUAACACCCACACAAGCAACAAUUGACAAUGGCAACGUACGCUUCACGACGGAGAAAUUCAUAGAGAAGCUACGACACGAAAAUUGUGAUACAAAUGGCACGCGGGAGGAGGCAUCAACGGGAACAACAAACAACAUCAAUACCAACACAACGGCAACAACAAUAAAUAGUACGACCGGCACAGAACACAAUCAUAAUCAUGAGCGGCAGCCGUCGGCGGGAGAGAAGGAGCUGCAGGCCUUGCCUACCACACCCAUAUCGCCCAAUUCAUUUCACACUCCCAAAAGGCCAACGGUGCCAGCGCCGCCACCGCCAACAAUACGCAAGCCGUCGGAAUAGUGUAGUCAAUAGCGAAUCCUUAUUUAACCGGUGGCGCUUUCUAUAUGUUAACCGUAAGACUUGAACGCACAGUAAUUUAGUUAAACCAACAACAACAAAUCAAACAAAGCCUUUCAAUAAGUUGCAUUAAAUUAUAUAGCGAUUUAUAUUUAUAUAUAAUAGAGUGAAAGCAACUUAAUAUUCUGUAUUCAGCAUUUGUAUUCUUUGCAAUUUAAUUGAUAUGUGUUUUACUUUAGCCAUAUGUGAAAAGAUAUACAUACAUACAUAUAUAAACAUUAUAUUAUAUACACAUGUAUUAGUUUGUAGUAGGCAUUCAUGAAUUAACUCAAUUUUGUCGAAAUUUACGCAAUUUUUUAAUUAUUAUUGUUAUCCUUAUUUAAAAGGUUGUGAUACACAGAAGAAGAAGAGA